AUGACACAUAGGAACCUUCAUUCGUGUGCCAAGAAAAUAUUCAAAAACCCAAUGGCGGGUGCCGCCGGAACCAUAGCUAUCGCCGCCGUUACAACAACCACCACCGCUUUUCCAGCGGCAUAUACACUCUCCAAGAAAAGUCACAUAUCAUCAUCUUCCUUACCAUCAUCAUUUCCAUCAAGAUACAAAAGGACUAAUCACCUCCGUAAAAAAAUCAUCAAAACCCUAGAAAACAAACCUUACCCAGAUCCCAAAUUUCCCGCCAAAACCCAGAAUAUACAUACAGAAGAAGCGAUUCAGGAACUGGGUUUUGAAGCUGACCAGUUUUCGGUAUCCGAAAGGACUAGUAAUGGUGGGUUUUUCGAUGGCAUUGUGAGUAAUUUUGAGGGUAAGUCUUUUGCUAAAAUCGGUUUGUAUUUAGUUGGUGCAUUUGUUUUUCAGACUGUAUUUGCUGUUUUGAUAUUUGGGUUCAAUGAAUUAAAUGAUAAAGAUGAUAAAGAUAGAAACUUUAUUCGAAAUGGCGAUGAUGGUAUCGAGAAAGAUAGUGUUAAGAGUGAUAAAGGCGGAAACUUUGUUGGUUUUAGUAAUAGGGGUUUAGUGGAAAGGGAAGAGGGUGGGGCUGUUUUGUUUAAUGAGGGUGAAAUGAAUGAUAGGAUUGUUGAAAUUCGAGAAAUGGCGAGGGAAGCUAGGAAGCAAGAAAAGAUAGAUGCGAAGAGGAAAGGGGUUGUGGACGAGGGCGAUGACGAAGCUAAUUUUGAUUUGAUUGAGAAGAAUGUGAAGGAGAAAGAAGUUGAUGGUAGGUUAAUGAAGUUGAGGAAAAGGUUUGAAGGUGAUUACGAGAAGUUGCCUAAUAAGGUUUCUGGGAAAGGCGAUGUUGGUGACGAUCGGGAUAAGGGUGGAUUGGAUGUAGGUGAGCAGUUUGGUUCGUUGAUGUUUAAAAAGAAGUAUAAGUAUAAAAGUCCGUCGGUUGAUUCAGGGGAUAUGCCGAAGGGAUUUAGUGGCAUGAAGGAUAAUGGGACGGUGAUAAAUGGUGUUAAUGCUAAUGAUGGGGUGAUGAAACCGGAUAAGAGAGAUGGUAGAGGGACAAUAAGUGAUAAUAUUAGUAGUGGUGAUGCAGUUAAUGCAUUGGAUAGCAACAAGAAGUUAGACCUGCUUAGUGACAAAGGAUUGGAAGUUAGUGUUAGGAGGGAUGAUGAUAAAGAGCAAGAACCAAGAGCAACUAAUGUUGACUUGAUAGCUGGUACCUCAAUCAAGCCAAAAGAUGAUAAGCAAGCAAGUACCCCCCUGAAGUUGGGAAAGUCAAGCACUCUGGAGACAAGGAAACCUCGAGGCUUUGGUAAGACUAGUCAGGAUAAUACUGCAGUAUCUAACAAACAAGAGGCUGUUAAUAAGAAUGGCAGUUUAAAGGGCAAAAAAGGUGGAUAUAGAAAAUCUGCAAGAAGUAUUGAAGAUAAAUCUAGUACACAAACUGAUUUUUGGUGGACUAGUCUCCCUUAUGUGCUGGCUGUCCUUAUGCAAAGAGGGAGUGAAAGUGGCGAAAGUGAAGAAUCAUCAGGACUAUUUACUUUAAGGGGUACCUCUCAAACUAAGAGUGCGGUAUCUCACACUGUUGCUUUUGAAGAUCGCAAUGAUGCCACGAAAUUCUGUUAUCUUCUAGAAUCCUUCUUUGAAGAUCUAGGCGACUUCUACACCAACAUCAUACCAAUUCCUACAAAUGAGCUUGAAGAGGCAGUUAAAUCACAGAUUAUGAACGUAGUUGUGGUAAAGAAAGGUCAACUUCAGCUCUAUGUUGGUCAACCACUUACAGAGGUGGAGUCAGCAUUGCGCAUAUUGAUUGAACAAAGCUAAAAGUUCUAAACACGCAUUCAUAUUGAUGUAGCUGUUGUUUUCAUGGGCCAAUUCUUUUUUCUUUUUUUUCCUUUCCAGGAUUUAGGAAUAGUAGCCAGUGAUUGGCUUUAGCAGCCUCUGUUGUAUUGCUUAUAUAUCAGCUUAAAUAGAAUAGAAUGUUUGGCAAACAGUUCUUUCUAUAUGAAAGAUAUUUAUAGAACAAACCACUCUUUGAGAAUAAACCACUCAUCUUCAUAUGCA